AUGGAUGCAGAAUUUGUCUACGCUGCCGGCGCCAGCACCACGAUCAAAAACGCCAUCUGCAUCCACGAGGAAGCUGGUAUUUUAUUCAAACACAUGGAUUUCCGAGACUACUCGGUCAUCGUAACAGGCGGCGACAAAAUACUGCGUGUACUGGAUCUUCCAUCAGCGAAGAUACAUCGGUUAGGGGUUCUGAAGUAUAUCCAGGUGUCAAUACGCACAACCAUCAAUACCUUUUCUGUCUACGAGUUGAUGCCAACGUUGAAGAACCCAACAACGCCAUCUUCUAAGCCGACGCAGCUCGGGGACCGGGAGAUGUUGGCAGCGGCAAAAAAACAAUCACGGAAAUGCUUUCUAUGCGAAGAAACUAAAGUACACAACUCCGCUGGAUGCCAUGGCAGUUAUGAUGCUGCGACCAGCCGGUCGUGGGAGGUUGCAAAUACAAGCAAGUUGAAUCCUCACAGCAAGAAACCCGUUAGCUAUAAGUUGGUGAUUCGGGAGGUUCCUGCACUUCUUCCUAAGGGAGGCGGGUUGGUAUGGAAUCGGGCUGGGUUCGCUAGACAUGCUGUCCGCGUUACGAAAUACGCCGGCGACCAACUAUACCCCGCAGGCCGCCACGUACCACAAACGUCCGGCAUCCCCUCUCCCUCACCCGGCCUCCCCACCUGGAUUGCCCAAGCCUCCUGUUCCUCAUCUGACUCCAGCAUCGAGAAUGCAGACAUAGUUCUCUGGCACACGUUUGGAAUCACGCACUUCCCAUCAAGAGAGGAUUUCCCUAUUAUGCCUGCGGAGCCUAUAUCGUUGUUGCUGCGGCCGCGGAACUUCUUUGGCCGAAAUCCAGUGUUGGAUGUUAAACCCAGCUGGGCAAGAUCACCCAGUCAAGUUGCUGCUGGUACUGAGGGCCCAUGUUGUGGCGCGGGGAAGGGGAAGAGGGGGAUUGGGUUAGUAGACUUACGUGAGGAGAUGAAUGGAUUUGUAUGGGUGGCUUCUGCAGGUAUGGGAAGAUGGCUGUUCCAACCCCUCUGA